CCGUCGACAUGCGAGUUUGUUUGGAUUUUCAUGUGGCACCGACUUCAUUCAGAUCACUGAUUUUAAAAAAGCAUUAAAUCUAAAAGGUAAUUGUCAUUUCAUCACAGCUACAAUGGGGAAAAAAGGCAAGAAGGAAAAGAAGGUGAAGGGGGCGGAGAAAACCGCAGCGAAAAUGGAGAAAAAGGUUUCAAAGAGGUCUAAACGAGAAGAGGAAGACCUGGAGGCUCUGAUCGCUGAGUUUCAGAACCUGGAUGCUAAGAAGACCCAGGUUGUAGAGACAACGUGUCCACCUCCAUCAUCGAGGUUGAGCGCGUCUUUUUCUGCCCAUCCGGAGAAAGAUGAACUCAUCCUGUUUGGGGGAGAAUUCUUCAAUGGAAAGAAGACGUAUCUGUACAACGAUUUGUUUUUCUACAACAUCAAGAAGAACAGCUGGGUUAAAUCAGAGAUCCCCAACCCUCCUCCACCACGCUGCUCUCACCAGGCGGUGGUAGUCCCCCAGGGUGGGGGCCAGCUCUGGGUGUUCGGGGGAGAGUUUGCCUCUCCAAAUGGGGAACAGUUCUACCACUACAAGGACCUUUGGGUGCUGCACCUGGCUACACACACCUGGGAGAACAUCAAGGCGCCUGGUGGUCCGUCAGGUCGCAGUGGACACAGGAUGGUCCUCAGCAAGAGACAGCUGCUGGUGUUUGGAGGUUUCCAUGAGAGCACCAGGGAUUUUAUCUAUUACAAUGAUGUCUACUCUUUCUCCCUGGACACCUUCUCCUGGUCACGCCUUACUCCAUCAGGCUCCGCCCCCUCCCCGCGCUCCGCCUGUCAGAUGACCUCCACACCCGACGGCACGGGCGUCAUCGUCUACGGGGGAUACUCUAAAGUGAGAGUGAAGAAGGAUGUAGAGAAGGGGACCAUCCACUCUGACAUGUUUCUUCUGAAGCGAGAUGGUAAAGAUGGCCAAGAGAAGUGGUCAUGGUCCAGGUUGAACCCCUCGGGUAACAAACCCCCUCCUCGCUCUGGCUUCUCCCUGGCGGUGGGCCCAGCGGGGCGGGCGGUGUUGUUUGGCGGGGUUUGUGAUGAGGAAGAGGAGGAGACGUUGGAGGGUGACUUCUACAACGACCUGUACCUGUAUGACACAGUGAAGAACCGCUGGUUCCCCGGCCUGCUCAGGGGAAACAAGACAGAGAAGAAGAAACGACGAAGGGGGAAGAAGGGUGGAGCAGAGGGAGAGGGAGCAGAGAAGGAGGAGGAGGGGGAGGAGGCGGCAUCUCAAGGACCCACUGAGGUCAUCAAGGAGAUCGUCACCGAGGACGGCACAGUGAUGACCAUAAAGGAAGUGAUCCCUGGAGCCCAGGAGGAGGAGGAAGAAGAGGAGGAGGAGGAGGAAGAGGAGGAGGAUGAUGGUUCAGCCUCAGCUCCCCUGGUGGAGCCCUGCCCGAGGUCCAGCGCCAUGGCAACGGUGCGUCAGGGAAAACUCUACCUGUAUGGGGGGAUGUUUGAGGUUGGUGACCGCCAGUUCACCCUGAAUGACCUCUACUGCCUGGACCUCCACAAGAUGGACCAGUGGGAGACUCUGGUUGAAAUGGAUCCAAAGGCGCAGGAGUGGCUGGAAGAGUCUGAGUCAGAGAACGAUGAGGAGGAGGAGGAGGAGGAGGAGGAGGCAAAAGGAGCAGAAGGGGACGAAGAGGAGGAGGAGUCUGAAGAGGAAAGCGAGGACGAGGAAGAUGAAGGAGAGCACCCAGCAGUGCAGGAGGGGGAGACGGUGACUGAUUACCAGAUCCGUACAGAGCAGUACUGGAUAGGAGUGGCACGAGCUAACAUGGGCACAGACGCCAAGGACAAAAAGGUUGCCAAAGUUGCCCUCGCCAUGGCUAAAGUCUUCUAUGAAGACCAGUAGUGGAGACUCUGUGUGGCUUGAAUGUGUGUGUGUGUGUGUGUGUGUGUGUGUGUGUGUGUGUGUGUGUGUGCGCGAAGGUAAAGAGUUUUUUGUAAUUUUACUACAAAUAAUGCAGUAAUUCAAGUUCAACAAAACAUAAAACAUUUUAUUAUCGUCAACUGAUCCAAUGAAAUUUGAUUUCAUUAACUAUUUUUGAUCAGUGGGUACACCAGUACGUUGAAGGUGUUAUCACGGUUUUUCAAGAUCAGCGGUUUCAUUUUCAAUAAAAUAACCACUCACUGACUGCACUAAAUAAUGUCAUUUUUUACAUACUGCUGCUGUCAGUUUUGAGACCAGAGUGGUGAACCACAGGUCAUAUUAUCUCUUUGUAAAGUUGUGAUGGUUGCCAUGUCAGCAAACAGUGGCUACAGUUCACACAUCCAGCCGGUAAAGAGCAAUAUUAGCACUGGAGUCAUAAUUCUGGCCGCCUGAGGAAUUCAUGUCCAAUAAACACGAUACUUUUAGCUCUGUUCUAGUCUCCAACAUCUCCUGACACAAAUAUAUUUGCUCUUGUAAUUCUAAAUGCUCCACGCAAACUCCUGUUUGUUGUAUGGUAGGUAAUGUACUGUGGGUUUAUCAGAGAACAGCUGCAGCAGGUUGGUGAGAACUGUGAGAGUGAAUCAAAACAGUUGGGUCCCAAAAAAGCAAAACAUUAAGCUGAAAGACACUAAAACUCUCCAGUGGGGAGUAAAGGUGGGGAACAGUUUUCUGUGGGCUUGUCAUUAUGAGCAACGUCUUUCACGUUACACGUAGACAUUUGAUGCAUAGUUAUCAUAAAGAUAUUGAUUGGUGCAGCUUUGAAGUCCGUUGGGGUUUAAACAUGUUAUUUAUCUUGUUUAUGCCUCCAUGCACCCAAAAGGCGGCAUGUGUCCUGCUACAACAGGACGCUGCUCUCCACGUUACAACAAACACUGUCCUAUUAUAAUGAGCGCAGCUCAGAAAGUGGUAAUACAAAGUGAAGACAAAAUUGCUACGGAGCUUCUGAAGCUACAUCAGAAUAACUGGAG